AAUUCUCUUUUACUUCUUGUUUUACAGUCAAACCAAAGCCAUGGAACUACCGGACUACCUCAUCCGGUUCUAUGCCAAGGACGAGCAAUUGCUGAUGGAAAAUACCGAAGACAGCCAGAGGGAAUUCAUUUUAGAACUAUAUUCGAAAUCCAAGGUCACCGUUGAGGAUCUGCAGCGUAAUCACACCCCCGAUGAGGUGAGAGAGUUGUGUGUUCGUACAAAAUUACGCGUCAACAUGACAUACCUCAACUCGGUGUGGGACGCCAAAAAGCUGCUGAACAAGACGAAUUGUCUGGACAAUCUUUCGGAGAGCUCCAUCAAUAGAGAACUCGUCAAGUGUGUGCACAGCAAAAUGGUGCAGACAUACACGGACGAAGAUGUAGCCGAUUCCAAUCUCGUAGCCAAAAGCGUGCUAAAAAAGGAUAACAACAUUCGUCUAGAUCGUUGGAAGCGUCAGCGUGAGUGCCUAGCCCCGAGGGCUAUAGACUCCCCACAGGAUAUCUCUGAGUCGUCUUCGCACGUCUUAAGCCGACCAGUUUCAUUGGAAAUGGAAGCGGAUAAUACCAAUGAAUGCUAUAAGGAAUCAACUUUCAAAUACCAUCAGAAAUGCGUCACCCCUGAGGAGCUGCAGAGGAAGUACACCCCCGAUGAGGUGAGAGAGUUGUGUGUGCGUACAAAAUUACGCGUCAACAUGACAUACCUCAACUCGGUGUGGGACGCCAAAAAGCUGCUGAACAAGACGAAUUGUCUGGACAAUCUUUCGGAGAGCUCCAUCAAUAGAGAACUCGUCAAGUGUGUGCACAGCAAAAUGGUGCAGACAUAC